UCCACGCAGCUUUCGUGCCAUCUCGAAGGGUUGAGAUUCACGGUGCCUGGUCUUUUGACCACCAUCUCCGGAUCGUUAGACGUCCAGUGCCGGUGUAGUAUGCAGUGUGUGGGCGGUAGCUUUUGCCUGAUGCUGAUCUGGAUCCCGGUGAUGGUUAUGGCUCAGAACAGGAACGCGGACCCACUGAGCCUGGGCGAGAUUGACCCUCAGUGCUGGGAGAGCUCCUCUCUUGCCCUGGUCGAGCUCAAGAAACUGCGAGUCGCCGAAACAGUCAGCGGCCUCUGGGACUUCAUGAUCUUUCUGAAACUCUCGGAAAAACCCAAGCACGCUGCCCUGUUCAUCGACCUGGCUCAGCUCUUCUGGGAUAUCUACGUGGACUGCGUGCUGUCCAGAUCUCAUGGACUGGGCAGAAGGCAGAUCGUAGCAGGAUAUACAUUCCGGUAUCCACAGUACUCAACAGGCUUGGCACGCUCAAGCGACAAGGAGUUGAAGUUUUAAACAUCGUCGAAGAACUCGAGUCCCGAAUUACCAGCUAAAAGCAAGGCUGUCCGUUCCACCCACCGUGACAAUGAGUGAACACACAGAUAAAUAUUCUUUCAAUUUACCACUAAAACAACCUCUUUUUAAAAAUAACCUUGUAAUCCAAUAUUCAAAUGAAAAUGAGCGGAAAGGUUUUGUUUUAUUGAAUCCGCGACUGAAAUUAGCCGAAUGCUCCAUGGAUGGAUGAAAUAUAUAAUAGCUUAUUUCACAUUUCACCGAAACACUGUUCCCAAAAGUUAAGGUAUAAUUUUCAACCAGAGUAGUGUCUUUUCAAUGUUUUCUUCUUCUAAUUUGUUGUGAACUAAACAGUGACCCACCCUACUGUUGAGUUUUCUCUUAAAGUCUGUGAAAGGAUGUUAUGGAGCCCAAUUAACUCAAACAGCACCGCAAUGUGGUUUCUGUUUGAAAGGGAUGUAAAAGAGACGAUAUAAUUUUUUAAGGGAUACCCAAAGUCUCUCGUGCUGAAUGAUGAAUAGUUCUACCACAACCACUCAACUUCAGACCAGAUUCUUUUCAUUCCAAAACUAUGAAAUGUCCUCCUUCUUCGAAGGAGGGGCUUUCCUUCCUCCACCAUCAAUGCUGCCCUCACCCGCAUCUCUCCUAUUUCACACACGUCCGCCCUCACUCGCCUCCUCCUUCCCUAUUCCCAAUCCUGUUUCCCUUCCUCACCUCAUCUCCUUACUUGCGGGUAUCACCUCCCUUUGUUGCUCCACCCCUUCCCCUUCCAUAUCUUCUUCCCUCUCCUGUCAGAUUCCCCUUUCUCUGGCCCUUCAUUGCUGUCACCUAUCAGCUUCCUAGCUCUUUACCUCACUCUUCCCCCGCCCCACUCUCCGGGCUUCACUUAUCACCUACUAGCUUGUAUUUCUUCCUCGACACCCCCACCUCUGGCUCUAACCUCCUCUUUUCUUCAGUCCUGAUGAAGGGUCCUGGUCUGAAACGUCGAAGGUUUACUCUUUUCCAUAGAUGCUGCCUGGCCUGCUGAGUUCCUCAAGCAUUUUGUGCGUGUUGUUCAGACCAGAUUAGAGUCUUGGUUAAAGUACGGGCAUAAGAGCUGAAUUCUGUGGUUGAGGCAUGAGUGACCAUCCUUGAUAUCAAGAAAGUAGAGUCAUUGUUUUGACCAGUGUAGAAAUAAGCCCUUCUUGCAAAUUGAUCUUGAGAUCUUGAUGGUAAAUAGGAGGGGAAAAAAAAGCACAAAACCGAGAAGUUGGUUGUGGCAGUUGAAAGCUAGUCAACUCAAUCUCAGUACUGUACAGUAAUACAGUAGGCCCAGAACUCCUGGCAACAUUCCUACUUCAUUACAGGGUCAGAGAAAGGUUGAUGCUGAUGAAUUAGAAUCAGACUUGGUUGUUUUGUGGCAGCAGUAUAGUGCAAAACCAUUACAUCAAAAUAAAUUACAUAUGUAAAUAAGUAGUUUAAAUGACAGAAUGAUGAGGUAGUGUUCAUAGCUUCAUGGACUGUUCAGAAAUCUAAUGAAGGAGGGGGAAAAAGCUGUUCCUAAAGAAUUGAAUGUGUGUCUUUAGACUCCUGUGCUCCCUCCCUGAUGGUAGUAAUCAGAAGAGAGCAUGUUUUGGAUGUUGAGGAUCUUUCGUGAUGAAUUCUACCUUCAUGAGGCACUGCCUCUUUAUGAUGUCCUCAAUGGUGGGGAUGUUUGUGCCUGUGAUGUAGCUGGCUCAGUCUGUAGACUGUACUCUGCAACCUUUUACAAUCUUAUGCAUUGGAACCUCCAAACCAGACUGUGGUGCACCAGUCAGAAGGUUACAUCGAUAGAAAUUUGUGCCUUUGGUGACAUGAUUAAAGUCCUAACAGUGUGGAGCCACUGGCAUGGUGUGCCUUCUUUGUGAUUGCAUCAAUUUGUUGGGUGCAGGAUAGAUUCUCACAAGAUGAUGAUGCCCAGGAACUUGAAGCUGGUCACUGUUUUAAUUGCUAAUCCUUCAAUGAGAACUGGUGUGUGUUCUCCCAACUUCCCCUUCCCAAAGUCUGGAAUAAAUUCCUUGGUCUUGCUUAUGCUGAGUGUGAGGUUGUUAUUGUGACACCACUCACCCAGCCAAUGUAUCUCACUCCUAUAUGCCUCAUCAUCAUCUCAGUGGUUGAUAUCAUCUCCGACACAGAUGAUUACACCAAGCAACACACAUAGAAUGCUGGUGGAACUCAGCAGGUCAGGCAGCAUUGAUGGAAAUGAAUAAAUAGUCGAUGUUUGGGGCCAAGACCCUUCUUCAGGACUGGAAAUGAAGGGGAAUAUUCCUGAAUAAGGUGGGGGGAGGGGAAGGACGACAAGCUAGAAGGUGAUAGGUGAAGGCAGGUGGCUAGAGGAGGAGGAUGAAGUAAGAAGCUAUGAGGUGAUAAGUGAAAAGGGCAAAUACCUGGACAGUAGGAAUCUGAUAGGAGAGGAGAGUGGAUAAUGGGAGAAAGGGGAGGAGGAGGGGCACUGAGGAAGGUGACAGGCAGGUGAGAAGAUGAUGUGAGGGAAAUAAAGAAGAGGGAAGGGGGAGGGGAAUAUACCAGAAGUUGGAAAAAUCAAUGCUCAUACCUAGACGGAUCAUGAGGUGUUGCUCCAUGAACCUGAGUGGCCUCAUCAUGGUAGAAGAGGACACCCUAGGCCAACAUGUUGGAAUAGGAAUUGAAAUGGUUGGCCACCAGAAAGUUCCACUUUUUGAGAAUGGAGCUGAGGUGCUUGACAAAGUGGCCCCCCAAUCCAAUGUAGAGGAGGCUAUAUCAGGAGAUGACCCCAGCAGAUUCACAGGUGAAGUAUUACCUCCCUGGAAAGACAGUUUGGCAUCAUAAAUGGUGAUGAGGGAGUUGAAUGGGCAGGUCUUGCAUUUCUACCAUUUACAGGGAUAAAUGCCAGUUGGAAGAUUAGUGGGGACGAAUGAAUGGAUAAAGGAAUCACAGAAGGAGUGACCCUUACAUGUCUAUGCAAUGUUUAGGCACCUCAGCAAUUCCACCCCUAUAACAACAUACCUGAAAUACAUUCUGGCUUGAUUAACGAGUGACAAGCAGCGUUUGUGUACAAUGCUGGCAAAUAACUUUUCCAACAGGAGUUUGCCCAAUUGUAUCCUUAUGACAUUUAAAAGUUGCUGGUGAAUGCAGCAGGCCAGGCAGCAUC